AUGGGUCUAUGGCCUCGAGCAGGAACAACAGAGACGCAGCAAGGAGAAAAAGACACCAUGCAGGUGUCUUUCCACAGUGGAGAGGCUGCCAGCUCCUAUCUGCCAGGCUUCUUGCUGCCUCCUCUUGACGACAACAAAGCACGCGAUGAAAGACACCAAUACCCCAAUGAAGACAACAACAAUGGUGACAACACAGAAUCAACUCCUACAUGCGCUACAGCCGCUUUCGUUCCCUUUUGUCCAUCCAACUACAGCCUGCCCUCUGCCCUGCGAACAGCCUCAACCGCUCCAUUCCAACAGCAACGCCGACGACGACGACGACAACAACAACAACAACAACAACAACAACAACAACAACAACAACCCCAUCACUUCUGCUAUAGCCAGACUCAUGGCCUCCCCCAGACCGUCCCGAGAACCCUUGUCGUGUCUCCCUCUUGCUCCAGCCAUACCAGUCGCAGCAGCACCAUCUCUGAUCUUGUCUCUGAUGUCUUGUCGCUGGGAUACGACGACUUUGGUUCCUCGCAGUUCGACGACCUCAUCAACUCCAUAGACUCCCAGUCGGGCGAGGUCUCCGACCAGACGAGGAGGACACCCUUCAAGGGCUGGUACGAGGACGAUAUCAUGUGUACUCUUCAGCGAGGGGAGACGGUUGAUGUGGCUGAAGUUGAAGACGAGGAUGUGAAGUCUGUGAUUUGCCAUUAUCUGAGGUAUGGCGGUGCAAAGAUAUAG